AUAUCAUCCCCGUCUUCCUCACAUCAUAUCCAUCUCUCUGCCAUCUUUCCAUCUUGCAGCUAGCUAGCUUGCUUGUCACCAUAUCCAAACUUACCAACGUCCAAGUGCUCAUGGCCACUAUAUCUUGCUUGUCGCCGGCUGCUCGUUGCAGCCUCCUGCUCACGGUAGCUGCACUAGUCCUAGUGCUGAGUCUUGGGGCCCAUGCUCAUGGCGGUUACCGUGCCGGGUUGAGCUCAUCGUUCUACGAUAACUCAUGUCCUAGUACACGGGACAUUGUCCGGCGCGUCAUCCAGGACGCCCGUGUCGCCGACGCACGCUUCCCGGCCAGCCUCAUCCGCCUUCACUUCCACGACUGCUUCGCUAACGGUUGCGAUGGCUCGCUUCUGCUCGAUGACGACGUCUCAUCGGGGAUAGUGAGCGAGAAGAAAGCCCCAGGGAAUUACAAGUCUGCACGUGGAUUCAAUGUGGUUGACAAUAUUAAGAGCUCAUUGGAGAAAGCUUGCCCCGGCAUAGUCUCAUGUAUCGACAUCCUCACCCUAGCCGCUGAAAUCUCUGUCGAACUAGCUGGAGGGCCGUCAUGGAGCGUUCCCCUAGGGCGCCGCGACGGCACGAAGACCAAUAUCGAGAGCGCCGACGAUCUGCCGAGCCCUUUCGACCCUCUGGAUAUCCUUCAAAAGAAAUUCAAGAACAUGGGUCUCAAUGACAUUGACCUUGUUGCCCUUCAAGGAGCGCACACCUUUGGGCGAACACAGUGUCAAUUCACACAACGGAACUGCACAGCCAGGCAGGAUGAGGGGACACUGGUGAACCUUGAUGCGGUCACUCCCGACGUGUUUGACAACAAGUACUAUGGCAACCUCCUGCGCGGGAGUGCCCCGCUCUCGUCUGACCAGGUUAUACGUAUCAUGCUGUCUGACCCCUUCGCGGCGACAACUACUGCGCCGAUUGUUCGCAGGUUCUCCGAUAACCAGAAGGAAUUCUUCAGAAACUUUGCAGCCUCCAUGAUCAAAAUGGGAAAUAUAAGUCCAUUGACAGGAAGAGAUGGAGAGAUUAGAAAGAACUGUCGCAGGGUGAACAUGAAGUACUAUUAAGGAACAAGAUUCGAUGCUCGUUGAUGAACCUAAAAAUUAGUUAUUUUCGUUUUACAGUUCGUCAUGCAUGCUUGUAUAAAUCAUUUUUUGGUUUGUUCUAAAUGUAAAGUAUUCAUUGUCCCUUUCCGCAAAAGCUAAAUGUAAAUAUUUCUAGUUUGUUUUAUUACAAGGCUAUUUUAAAGAAAAUAUAUCUGUAGCAC